CCUACACCGCCACUGUAAUGUGAUUCUCGCUGUAGAUGCUGCGCCUACCUACCGCUCUCUCGCUUCUCCACAGGCGCACAGCCGCACCACUCUCAUUCUCACUGCAGACUUUCCGUUCAGUUGCAGCCAACUGUUCGCCACUGUCGCACAGGCGCCGCCAAACAAAGAUUUUUUAGGAUCAAAGUAGCGCUUUCAAGCGGCUCAACGCCCAACAAAUCGCUACAUUGUAGCAAGCAGGCAGCGAGAGAAGACUAUAAGUCGUUUUUAUCGUUAGUGUAACGUUAUUUUAAACCAGUAUCGAUACAACGCCGGAACGACGAAUCUCAAACAUGGGGAAAUGUUCGGCGUGGUCGCUCUUUCUAGUAGUCUCGCUGCUAGCUAUGAAAGGUAAGCGUUUCGCCCAACCCCUCUCUCAAUUCAAUUCUAAGGCCUCUCUCUCUCUUUCUUCUUUGUUGUGGUUCACGCUAUUGCCUAGUUCAUCAGUGUUUUGUUUCCUCGGUCAAUUUUUUUUUUUUUUAGAGGUAUUCCUUUAUUCUACAACGAAUAACGGUACACGGGCGGCAGCAAGCCGCUGCAUAGAUUACAAUGGAUACCUAUUACGUCUACAUACUGACACUACAGAUGUGUUAGCCUAACAACCUAACCCAGUCAUGCCAAAAAGUAGCCUAGCCUACAUGUGUCAGGUUUGGACCUAGUCAUAUUGACCAGCCGGUCUGGCUGCGAACUGAUGUUCCAUAUGUUCGAUUCCACAAUCCAAAUUGAUCUCUUUCUAUCACACAUUUAGAUGUGAAUUCUAAUGAUACAAGACGAAGCUUUAUAUAUAGAUGUGGGAUAAAACACGCUCCCUGAGAUGCUAAUGUCUUUGCAGUCUAGUCACAUAUCAGUGCCGGUAGACUAUUUUUACAUUUUAGCAGACGAGCGACUUACAGUAGUGAGUGCAUACAUUUUCAUACUUUCUUUUUUUCUUUCGUACUGGUACCCCGUGGGAUUCGAACCCACAACCCUGGAGUCUCAUGCGCGCUACCAACUGAGCCACACGGGACCAGAAUAUUAGGACAUCAUGUUAUCAGACAUACAUCCUAUAGCAGACACAGUAAGAUAUUAUAUUCAUGAUUGAUAUAGGCUAGGUGUUAUUUAGGGGUUAUAUAGAUGUAUUUAAAUGGGUAAAGUAAUCUUUGUUUAUCACAAAUGAUAAGCAUGAAUUAAAGAAAGAGCUAUGCAAAUAAACUAGGCUACUGAUGAUAAUUGUCUAAAAAUAAUUUACAGCCUAUGGUUUUAAUUUGUGGUGGAUCACUUAGACUAUACACAUAAGAGAGUAUGGGUGUUAUUGACUGAAUGGUUAUAUUAUGAGGUCUGGUUCAGUGAGUCGAGAGUCUUUAUUUAAUUCUCUUCGAAGGGUCGCUCUUUCGUUCUCUCCAUGGCAGGUGCAGGUUGAAACCUCCAGGGUGCCAGUUUCCUCCCUUCGCACAUGCGCACACUGAGCGUGUCAUUUUAAGACCAUGAGGACAUGUCUAGUCCUCGAGUCCCUAUUCUGUUCUGUUCACAUUAUUACUGCUUCAAUGACCUGACCGCAUGUUUACAGUUCAGUCUGUCGGCGCUGACACCCCUCAUAGAUUAGUGCACACUUGGCACAUUUUAGCUGGAGGGGUUUGGAUUUUGGGAUGAGGGGAUGAAGGAGGAGGAAAGGAGGUGGAGGGAGGAAAGGAAAGGGGUGAAGCCUCAGCUGCAGUCUUUUCUUUGGGAAAGGGGGAUGAGGGGUGUGUGUGGGAAGGAGAGAGGAGGGGUGUGUGUGGGCAGCAUGCAAGCUUUUAGGUUGUGUGUGUGUGAGCUUUAUUUUUGGGUUACAUUACACGCUGCCACUCCCUUAAUGAAAUGUGAUGAGAUCAGUCCCCAGACAGGAUGCAGACAGGACCAUGUGGGGGUCGUCAUUGAACAGAGAAAUCGAUUAUUUAUUCACUUUGAUACACAGCAGCUGAGGAUCCAUGCAGGAACCGUCUAUACCGUCUCUAUAGAGAUGACUGUUCAUGUUGGGAAUUCAAUAUUGCCAUGAUAAAUUAUAUCUAGCUAAUUUACUCCUUUGGUGUAGAAAGUAAUUAGUUGCUAUGAGCAAGAUAUAUACAUGUGGAAAAGGAAAACCUCACUCACUGGUGAUAGGCUAAUCUUUUGGGGGUGUUUUCCCAGACAGAUUAAGCCUAGUAGGGGGCAAAACAGCAAACUCAAUGGAGAAUCUCCAUCUAAAGUUAUUAGGAAAAGGAAACCGCCCCUUCAAGUUUAAUUUCUUAAAACAGAAGCAGGAGUCAAAUGGACAAGCCUUCAUCAGUAUUGGGAGAACAAUGGACAUGCAUUCAUACAGAUUUGUUAUUUUUCCAAGAUCCAUACAUGAUAGUCAAAAAGUGGUUGAUCAGAAGUCACAUGGUUGGUCUGGGGUCAUCAUGUGACCGAGAGGGAGGGACAAGGGGCUGUUUCCCCUAUUCUGCAGGGGAGGGAAGGUGCAAAGACAAAGACAGGCUGGGCAUAUGGUGACAGGCUGGGUAUAUGGUGACAGGCCGGGUAUAUGGUGACAGGCCGGGUAUAUGGUGACAGGCUGGGUAUAUGGUGACAGGCUGGGUAUAUGGUGACAGGCUGGGUAUAUGGUGACAGGCUGGGUAUAUGGUGACAGGCUGGGUAUAUGGUGACAGGCUGGGUAUAUGGUGACAGGCUGGGCAUAUGGUGACAGGCUGGGUAUAUGGUGACAGGCUGGGUAUAUGGUGACAGGCUGGGUAUAUGGUGACAGGCUGGGUAUAUGGUGACAGGCUGGGUAUAUGGUGACAGGCUGGGUAUAUGGUGACAGGCCGGGUAUAUGGUGACAGGCCGGGCAUAUGGUGACAGGCUGGGCAUAUGGUGACAGGCUGGGUAUAUGGUGACAGGCUGGGUAUAUGGUGACAGGCUGGGUAUAUGGUGACAGGCUGGGUAUAUGGUGACAGGCUGGGUAUAUGGUGACAGGCUGGGUAUAUGGUGACAGGCUGGGCAUAUGGUGACAGGCUGGGUAUAUGGUGACAGGCUGGGUAUAUGGUGACAGGCUGGGUAUAUGGUGACAGGCCGGGUAUAUGGUGACAGGCUGGGUAUAUGGUGACAGGCUGGGUAUAUGGUGACAGGCUGGGUAUAUGGUGACAGGCUGGGUAUAUGGUGACAGGCCGGGUAUAUGGUGACAGGCCGGGUGCACAGGGACAGGCCGGGUGCACAGGGACAGGCCGGGUGCACGGUGACAGGCCGGGUGCACGGUGACAGGCUAAGUAGCAAUAGUUAUACCAGGCGUAAUAUAGCAAUAGUAAUGAUCUUCCCCAAACUUGAAACUCACACGCUGCUUAUGUAUGCCAGUUAGGCUCUACACCCCUUGUAAAGCGGAUGAAUGUGCUUAAUUUUAAGAAGUUAUUUGGCCACUUUAGUUGUGAUACAAACCUUAUCAAAACAUAUAGGCCUAUGGGCUAGGCUACAUGAGGUGUGCCACUAUGAUUUGAACAAGUAAAAAACCAAGGCUUUGUUUCUUGCCUUAAGCUGGGCAUCAUUCACAAGUCAUAAUAUAUCAUUCACAAGUGCUAGGCUAAUAUUGUCACCCAUCACACUAUUCUUGAUUUAAUCUUGUCUUUACCUAUACUAAAUAAUAUAUGUGUGAAAUUUGUUUUGAUUUAGAAUGGACCAUUAUCAUGCACCUGUCUCAAAACAGGGGCAGUGGGAAAAAUACAAUAUCAUCUCUGCACUUAAAUAGCGAAUGGAGGACGCUUUUCCUGUGGUUAAUUUUCAUGCCAGCCAAGUAGGCUAUACUCCUGUUGUAAAGAUAAGCAAUGUGCUUAAUAUUUUCUUAAUAUUAGGAAAGUUGAGAAAUAAAUAUAGUAGGCAUAGCCUAUAGGAAGCUUGAUGGGAUCCUCCUCUUUUUAUUAGAGGCCAUCACUAUGUUUUCUCGCGCAAUUUCAUCGCCUAUAGAAAUGUUGGGCAACAUGGGCUCUCAUGAAGUGUUUGAUUAGAUUUUCGAUUACAUUUGCAUUGAUGUCAGAGUGAUUACCAUUACCUGUUCACCCAUGACUGCAUGGCCAGGCACGACUCCAACACCAUCAUUAAGUUUGCCGACGACACAACAGUGGUAGGCCUGAUCACCGACAACGAUGAGACAGCCUAUAGGGAGGAGGUCAGAGACCUGGCCGUGUGGUGCCAGGAUAACAACCUCUCCCUCAACGUGACCAAGACAAAGGAGAUGAUUGUGGACUACAGGAAAAAAAAGAGGACUGAGCACGCCCCUAUUCUCAUCGACGGGGCUGUAGUGGAACAGGUUGAGAGCUUCAAGUUCCUUGGUGUCCACAUCACCAACGAACUAUCAUGGUCCAAACACACCAAGACAGUCGUGAAGAGGGCACGACAAAGCCUAUUCCCCCUCAGGAGACUGAAAAGAUUUGGCAUGGGUCCUCAGAUCCUCAAAAAAUUAUACAGCUGCACCAUCGAGAGCAUCCUGACUGGUUGCAUCACCGCCUGGUAUGGCAACUGCUUGGCCUCCGACCGCAAGGCACUACAGAGGGUAGUGCGUACGGCCCAGUACAUCACUGGGGCCAAGCUUCUUGCCAUCCAGGACCUCUAUACCAGGCGGUGUCAGAGGAAGGCCCUCAAAAUUGUCAAAGACUCCAGCCACCCUAGUCAUAGACUGUUCUCUCUGCUACCGCACGGCAAGCGGUACCGGAGUGCCAAGUCUAGGUCCAAAAGACUUCUCAACAGCUUCUACCCCCAAGCCACUACUCCCGAGUGGCGCAGUGGUCUAAGGCACUGCAUCGCAGUGCUAGCUGUGCCACUAGAGAUCCUGGUUCGAAUCCAGGCUCUGUUGUAGCCGGCCGCGACCGGGAGACCCAUGGGGCGGCGCACAUUUCUCAGACACGUGUAGAAUGCUGCUCUCUGACCCUUGGAGCUAACAUUAGACACACGAUGCUGCCUUAGACUGAUGUGAAUUUCACAAGCAAACUCAUGAAAUGGCAGUCAUUGUUAUUAUUAAGAUGGGUGUCUGAUACAUAAUGAUAAUGAUCAAAAGUGUCUCCUCUAAUCGUAAGUAGGUCAUUCAUUUGUCUUAUUAGGGGGGAAGGGGGGGAUGCUAAACUGUCUUUAGAUCAGUGUCUAGGUAAGGACAACUUCCUACUAAAGAUAACCUUUAACCUCCCCUAAUGAUAAUGAGACUACUCAGGUUUUAUCUACCUAAUGAUAAUGAGACUACGCAGGUUUUAUCUACCUAAUGAUAAUGAGACUACGCAGGUUUUAUCUACCUAAUGAUAAUGAGACUACUCAGGUUUUAUCUACCCAAUGAUAAUGAGGCACAGGUUGCAAGUCUGGCACAAUUAUUUAAUUGGAGGGAAAAAAUACCCCUUGUAGGCCAUUAGAUCUAUCAUUAUCACUCAUUGUGAGGAGACUUGAAAAAACUUGAAAAAGAGACGUGUAUGUGUGCGUGCGCAUGUGUGCGUUGCUGUAUGGACACAAUAGCGCUUCUGUCCCAUGUGCUUGAGGAAUGCAAGGAGUCUUUGUUGACAUCUUGAUAUGACAGCAACCACUGCAUUCGUCACUACACUGGAACGUGGAUCAUGGAAAGGAUUGAAGAAGGGUUGGUUGGCAGCAGACCUAGGUUUAAAUACUAUUUGAAAUCUUUCAAUUACUUUUAGCAUUUGUGGCAGGGCUUAAACUAUUACAGACUACAAAGGGAAGCACAGCCGCGAGCUGCCCAGUGACAUGAGCCUACCAGAGGAGCUAAAUUACUUCUAUGCUCGCUUCGAGGCAAGCAACACUGAAGCAUGCAUGAGAGCAUCAGCUGUUCCGGAUGACUAUGUGAUCAAGUUCUCUGUAGCCGAUGUGAGUAAGACCUUUAAACAGGUCAACAUUCACAAGGCCGCAGGGCCAGACGGAUUACCAGGACGUGUACUCCGAGCAUGCGCUGACAAACUGGCAAGUGUCUUCACUGACAUUUUAAACAUGUCUCUGACUGAGUCUGUAAUACCAACAUGUUUCAAGCAGACCACCAUAGUCCCUGUGCCCAAGAACACUAAGAUAACCUGCCUAAAUGACUACCAACCCGUAGCACUCACGUCUGUAGCCAUGAAGUGCUUUGAAAGGCUGGUCAUGGCUCACAUCAACACCAUUAUCCCAGAAACCCUAGACCCACUCCAAUUUGCAUACCGCCCCAACAGAUCCACAGAUGAUGCAAUCUCUAUUGCACUCCACACUGCCCUUUCCCACCUGGACAAGAGGAACACCUAUGUGAGAAUGCUAUUCAUUGACUACAGCUCAGCGUUCAACACCAUAGUGCCCUCAAAGCUCAUCACUAAGCUAAGGACCCUGGGACUAAACACCUCCCUCUGUAACUGGAUCCUGGACUUCCUUACGGGCCGCCCCCAGGUGGUAAGGGUAGGUAACAGCACAUCUGCCACACUGAUCCUCAACACGGGGGCCCCUCAGGGGUGCGUGCUCAGUCCCCUCCUGUACUCCCUGUUCACCCAUGACUGCAUGGCCAGGCACGACUCCAACACCAUCAUUAAGUUUGCCGACGACGCAACAGUGGUAGGACUGAUCACAGACAAUGAUGAGACAGCCUAUAGGGAGGAGGUCAGAGCUGGCCGUGUGGCGCCAGGAUAACAACCUCUCCCUCAACAAGCUCAAGACAAAGGAGAUGAUUGUGGACUACAGGAAAAAAAAAAGAGGACUGAGCACGCCCCCAUUCUCAUCGACAGGGCUGUAGUGGAACAGGUUGAGAGCUUCAAGUUCCUUGGUGUCCACAUCACCAACAAACUAUCAUGGUCCAAACACACCAAGACAGUCGUGAAAAGGGCACGACAAAGCCUAUUCCCCCUCAGGAGACUGAAAAGAUUUGGCAUGGGUCCUCAGAUCCUCAAAGUUCUACAGCUGCACCAUCGAGAGCAUCCUGACUGGUUGCAUCACCGCCUGGUAUGGCAACUGUUCGGCCUCCGACCGCAAGGCACUACAGAGGGUAGUGCGUACGGCCCAGUACAUCACUGGGGCCAAGCUUCCUGCCAUCCAGGACCUCUAUACCAGGCGGUGUCAGAGGAAGGCCCUAAAAAUUAUCAAAGACUCCAGCCACCCUAGUCAGACUGCAUGGCAAGCGGUACCGGAGCGCCAAGUCUAGGUCCAAAAGGCUUCUUAACAGCUUCUACCCCCAAGCCAUAAGACUCCUGAACAGCUAAUCAUGGCUACCCGGACUAUUUGCAUUGCCCCCCCCCCCCCCCCCCCCCCCCCCCCACCCCCACCCCCCCACCCCCUACCCCCCUCUUUUACGCUGCUGCUACUCUGUUUAUUAUUUAUGCAUAGUCACUUUAACUCUACCCACAUGCACAUAUUACCUCAAUUACCUCUACUAACCAGUGCCUCUGCACAUUGACUCUGUACCGGUACCCCCUGUAUAUUUACAUUUACAUUUUAGUCAUUUAGCAGACGCUCUUAUCCAGAGCGACUUACAGUUAGUGAAUACAUAUAUAUUUUUAUUUUAUUUUUAUACUGGCCCCCCCCUGGGAAACGAACCCACAACCCUGGCGUUGCAAACGCCAUGCUCUAUCAACUGAGCUACAUCCCUGCCGGCCAUUCCCUCCCCUACCCUGGACGACGCUGGGCCAAUUGUGCGCCGCCCAUGAGUCUCCCGGUCGCGGCCGGCUGCGACAGAGCCUGGAUUCGAACCAGGAUCUCUAGUGGCACAGUUAGCACUGCGAUGCAGUGCCUUAGACCGUAUAUAACCUCCCUACUGUUAUUUCAUUUUACUGCUGCUCUUUAAUUAUUUGCUAUUAAUUUUUUUCUUAAACUGCAUUGUUUGUUAUGGGUUUGUAAGUAAGCAUUUCACUGUAAUGUCUACACCUGUUGUAUUCGGCGCAUGUGGCAAAUAACAUUUGAUUUGAUUUGAGCAUCUUCUUCUUCUUCUUCUCCUUCUCCUUCUCCUUCUCCUUCUCCUUCUCCUUCCUCCUUCUCCUUCUCCUUCUCCUCCAGCUCUGUCCCAGAAUGAAGGUGGCUUUGACCUGUCUGAUGCCUUGGAUGGCGAUGUCUCUAAAACACGUAAGUACAGAAAGACAGUCAGACUGUAAAAUACACAAUAUUCAUAUACUUGAGACUUACUACUGCAGUAUCUACUAUAUGAAAUCAUACAUCUCUACCAUGAAUUCAUGGACAAUGGAUUCAUGUACAGUGCCUUCAGAAAGUAUUCACACCCCUUGACUUUUUUCCAAAUGUUGUUGUGUUACAGCCUGAAUUUAAAAUGUAUUAAAUUGAGAUGUAUUUUGUCACUGGCCUACACACAAUACCACGUAAUGUCAAAGUGGAAUUAUGUUUUUAGAAUGUUUUUAACAAAUUAAAAUGAAAAGCAGAAAUGUCUUGAGUCAAGUCACAUAAAAAGUUGCAUGGACUCACUCUGUGUGCAAUAGUAGUUUAACAUGAUUUUUGAAUGACUACCUCAUCUCUGUACCCCACACAUAUAAUUAUCUGUAAGGUCCCUCAGUUAAGCACUGAAUUUCAAACAGACUCAACCACAAAGACCAGGGAGGUCUUCCAAUGCCUCACAGAAAAGUGCAUGGAUCUCCCUUCCAUGUUAUAUAGCGCAAGUGAAGAGCAGACCUGGUUUAAAAAACAACACCUCACGGCACAAUGCCUCUCCCCCAUGUGACCUACUUGUUGUGUGUAUGUACUGACAUGUAUGUGUAACUGAUAGAUACACACACACACACACACACACACUAAAUGUUAAUGUUUUAAAAUGUAUGUAAAUUGUAAAGUAUUUUUUUUGUCUGUAAUGUAUUUUUUCGUUAAGUUUCGGACCCCAGUAAGACCAGCAGUCUGCUAAUGGGGAUCCUAAUAAAUAAAAUAAAAUCAAACCUAUUGGUAGAUGGGUAAAAAAAAAAAGAAGCAGACAUUUAAUAUCCCUUUGAGCAUGGUGAAGUUAUUAAUUACACUUUGGAUGGUGUAUCAAUACACCCAAUCACUACAACGAUACAGGCGUCCUUCCUAACUCAGUUGCCAGAGAGGAAAGAAACCGCUCAGGGAUUUUACCAUGAGGCCAAUGGUGACUUUAAAACAGUUAGAGGUUUUAUGACCGUGAUAGGAGAAAACUGAGGAUGGAUCAACAAUGUUGUAGUUACUCCACAAUACUAACCUAAUUGACAGAGUGAAAAGAAGGAAGCCUGUACAGAAUAAAAUAUUCCAAAACAUGCAUCCUGAUUACAAUAAGGUACUAAAGUAUUAUUGUACUUGAACAUGAACAUCAAGGCUUUUAGAAAUACUUUUGUAACCCUUUCCAGCUUUAUGCAAGUCAACAAUUCUUAAUCUUAGGUCUUCUGAGAUCUCUUUUCUUCGAGGCAUGGUUCACAUCAGGCAACGCUUCUUGUGAAUAGCAAACUCAAAUUCUGUGUGUUUUAUUAUAGGGCAGGGCAGCUCUAACCAACAUCUACAAUCUCGUCUCAUUGAUUGGACUCCAGGUUAGCUGACUCCUGACUCCAAUGAGCUUUUGGAGAAGGCAUUAGCCUAGGGGUUCACAUACUUUUUCCAACCGACAUUGUGAAUAUUUAAAUGAUGUAUUCAAUAUAGACAAGAAAAGUACAAUAAUUUGUGUGUUAUUAGUUUAAGCACACUGUGUGUGUCUAUUGUUGUGACUUAGAUGAAGAUCAAAUCACAUUUUAUGACCAAUUUAUGCAGAAAUCCAGGUAAUUCCAAAGGGUUCAUGUACUUUUUCUUGCCACUGUGUUUUAUUUUGCAUACAUAUUUACAAAUGUUAUAAUUUGUCUUCCACUUUCACAUUAGAGUAUUUUGUGUAGAUUGUUGACCAAAAAAAUGACAAUUAAAUCCAUGUUAAUCCCACUUUGUAACACGACAGAAUGUGGAAAAAGUCAAGGGGUGUGAAUACUUUCUGAAGGCACUGUAUGCUAUUAUCUGACAAUGUGUUUCUGGUCCCUGAGUAUGAAGUCUUCUGACUACUAAUUUAGUUACAUUCUGACUGUGUUGAUGUAGCUAUAUUCCGUAUGACAUUUUUCAGACAAUAUAUUUGUAUACGCUGGCUAUGAAGUCGUUCAUUUAAAAAAAGUCCCAAAAUUGCGGUACCAAUUGCAGAUUGUAGCUUUAAUGCACUGUCUGACUGCAUGUUUUAUAUUAAUUCAUAUCAUCAUUCUGACUAUGUAUUGAUGUAGCUACAUUCUGUAUGAUGAUGUUCUUCUCUUCUCUUGUUCUCUAAUCUUCUCUUGUUGUUCUCUUCUUCUCUUGUUGUUCUCUUCUCUUCUCCUCUUCUCUUGUUGUUCUCUUCUCUCUUGUUGUUCUCUUCUCCUCUUCUCUUGUUGUUCUCUUCUUCUCUUGUUGUUCUCUUCUGUUGUUCUCUUCUUCUCUCUUGUUGUUAUAUCUACUUCUCUUCUCUUGUUGUUCCUCUUCUCUUGUUGUUCUCUUCUCCUCUUCUCUUGUUGUUCUCUUCUCUUGUUGUUCUCUUGGUUGUUCUCUUCUCUUCUCCUCUUCUCUUGUUGUUCUCUUCUCUUCUCUUCUCCUCUUCUCUUGUUGUUCUCUUCUCUUCUUCUCUUGUUGUUCACUUCUCUUGUUUUCCACUUCUUCUCUUGUUCACUUCUCUUGUUUUCUUCUCUUGUUCUCUUCUCUCAGCAGCAGCAACCCCCAAACCCAAACCAGUAGAAGGGGCAGGAGAAGGUAAACGAUCCCAGAUUCACAGAUCCAUCUGGAUAUAGACUUUCUCUGCUAUUGAUUUAUAUCCGCCUGUGCUGUAGCGACAGUGCUCACAUGAGUGAGCACAGGGGUCCUCAUUUAUUUACAUAUAUUAAACUGGCAGGUAUUUAAGCAGGUAUUGACCACUUGAAAACCUACUAAUAAAGAUGUAGUGUAUUUUCUGUUAUUGAUUAUAUCUAAGGUUCUAACAUUAGCACAAGGCACAGGAGGUUGGUGGCACCUUAAUUGGGGAGGACGGGCUCGUGGUAAUGGCUGGAGCGGAAUCGGUGGAAUGGUAUCAAAUACCAUCACAUGGUUUCCAUGUGUUUGAUGCCAUUCCAUUUGCUCCGCUCCGGCCAUUAUUAUGAGCAGUUCUCCCCUCAGCAGCCUACACUGGUGCAUUGGAUUUCCCCUUAAAUCAGCAUAAAUCAGAUACUGUGUGUAGGCUUACUUUGUACUCUAUACUGUAGCUAUGCACUAUAGGCCUACUUACCACAUGCUUAAGCACAAGGCAGGUAAAUCAUCCACAUCUCCUAAGCAGGUAUUAUGCAUUAAUAAUGAGUAUGUUAUGAAUGGGAAUUGUCUUGAAGUGUCUCCAAUCUAGGCCUAGUUUCAAUCCGGACCGUGGAAGAUCUGCUUAUAGCGUACUUGACAUUUAAAGGUCCCGGACAGUCAUUCUGAUUUCCAUGUAAAAUAGCAUUUUGAGUGUGACUAAAAUAUCACCCAUAAUAUUUGUUUUGGAUAGAAAUGCUUGGCAUGUCUCUUGUGAGACAUGUGUUGUUCCAUGCUGGCAGGUCAGCUAGCCAGUAACUAGCUAACACCAGACAGAUGAAGACUUAGCUAGGUAGUAACUAGCUAACACCAGACAGAUGAAGACUUAGCUAGCCAGUAACUAGCUAACACCAGACAGAUGAAGACCUAGCUAGCCAGUAACUAGCUAACACCAGACACAGAUGAAGACCUAACUAGCCAGUAACUAGCUAACACCAGACAGAUGAAGACCUAGCUAGGCAGUAACUAGCUAACACCAGACACAGAUGAAGACCUAGCUAGCCAGUAACUAGCUAACACCAGACAGAUGAAGACCUAGCUAGCCAGUAACUAGCUAACACCAGACACAGAUGAAAGGCGAGACAUACACUGAGUGUACAAAACAUUAAGAGCACCUUCCUAAUAUUGAGUUGGUUUUCUUGCUGGGGAACGUAACAAAAGGAUGAAAUAUUAUUCAAUUUAAUUAAAAACUGUUCAUUACCUUUUUAAAGGUAACUUCCGAUUGAGCCGACAUAUGCAGCGUUUACCGCAAACGCUGUCCCCGGCGAAUGUGGGAACAUUGCCUUUCAAUGUAAACAGCGCUAUAACGCGGCUCUUCCACGGUCUGGAUUGAGUCUAACCCUGGUUUGACUGUACUGACCUCAGCCAUUGUGAUGAUGUUCCUCAUGUGCUCAUUGUGACGAUGUUCCUCAUGUGCUCAUUGUGACGAUGUUCCACAUGUGCUCAUUGUGACGAUGUUUCUCAUGUGCUCAUUGUGACGAUGUUCCUCAUGUGCUCAUUGUGACGAUGUUUCUCGUGCUCAUUGUGACGAUGUUCCUCAUUUGCUCAUUGUGACGAUGUUCCUCAUGUGCUCAUUGUGGCGAUGUUCCUCAUGUGCUCAUUGUGACGAUGUUCCUCAUGUGCUCAUUGUGAUGAUGUUCCUCAUAUGCUCAUUGUGGCGAUGUUCCUCAUGUGCUCAUUGUGGCGAUGUUCCUCAUGUGCUCAUUGUGGCGAUGUUCCUCAUGUGCUCAUUGUGGCGAUGUUCCUCGUGCUCAUUGUGGCGAUGUUCCUCAUGUGCUCAUUGUGAUGAUGUUCCUGUCAGAGUUCUUUGGAGAAGAUGAGAAGAUCACCACCACCAAUGUUCCUCCUAAAGCCCCAGCCACUAAGGCCCCGCCACACAAGCCCAAGCCAGGUGAGAUCGCAUACACACACACCCUAAGGCUCCUCCUAAAGCCACAGCCACUAAGGCCCCGCUCAAGCCCAAACCAGAGGAGACAUGAGGGAAGAAACCACCAUAGCAUACAGGCUUUCUAAUCAGACCCUUUACACUUAACAAGUGAAUGGAGAAAUCCCUACUUGCUAAAGUUAUGUCUGCUACUAUAUACUACUACUAGCUACCAUACUAAGACCGGUACUAUAUACUACUAGCUAAGAUACUAAGACUGCUACUAUAUACUAUUACUAACUACCAUACGAAGACUGCUACUAUAUACUGCCAAAUACCAUACUAAGACUGCUACUAUAUACUACUAACUACCAUACUAAAAUUGCUACUCUACUAAACCAGCAUGCAUGAAGUCUCUUGUUUAUUCGAGGCUUUUACCCAAAGUGCCAGGGGAUGUACUUAGCAAUGAAAUGGCUACAGUAGACAGACCCGGUUUGCUUGUCAAUAGAUCAGGAUUCUCAGCUAAAUGCAGUCUGAGGUUUGACUUGGCUGGAACAGCCUUAACCCAGUUGAUGGGUAAACUAUUGACGACAUAGUCUAGACAAUGCUUAAGAUGGAUCACUACACUAACAUCUUUUGAGAAGCACUACUGUGAUACCAUGGUACCAUCGACACAUGUAUGUCUGUACCUCUCUUGUGAAACAUGCCGUCCCUUAUUUGGUUGGUCAGUCUUGCCCUUGCACACCUUGCCUAUGUUGUGGUAUUAACGUGUAUGUCAAUUGUAGUCAGCCUACUAUUCUUAGCCUGCGUGUGUCUGUGCGUGUGUCUGUCUGUGCGUGUGUCUGUCUGUGCGUGUGUCUGUCUGUGCGUGUGUCUGUGCGUGUGUCUGUGCGUGUGUCUGUGCGUGUGUCUGUGUGUGUGUGUGUGUCUGUGUGUGUGUCUGUGCGUGUGUCUGUGCGUGUGUCUGUGCGUGUGUCUGUGCGUGCGUGCGCGUGUCCGUGCGCGUGUCCGUGCGCCCUGAACCUCACAAGCACCUCUACUACAGUGCUGUAUGUGAUUCCAUUAACCCUACUAGCUAUCCCUAGAGAGAUCACUACACUAACAGACCUGUACAGAAUUUGUCUUAACCCUACUAAUCUAAGGGCUGGAUUCAAUCCGGAGCGUGGAAGAACCACGUUAUAGCGCAGUUGAAAUGUAAAGGUAAUUUCUGAUUGAGCCGACAUCUGCAGCCUUUACUUUGAAUGCAGUCACCGUGAACGCAAGAACAUUGCCAUUCAAUUUCAAUUAUGCUAUAGCGAAUCUUCCUCACUCCGGAUUGAAUCUAGCCCUAAGCCUAGCAUUAAGCUUAGCCUGGUUAAACCAGACUGAAUGUUAACCAGGCUAUACUAACCCCUGAGCACUCACUACACUAACAGAUGAGAUCCAGGCUGAUUUUGACUUUGAGCCCAGCCCUCGCCCUGGCCUGCUGCCCCGCGCCACCAAGGGCCCCCACACCCCACCUAAGCCCCAGCCUGGUUGGUACUGCUCGCUUAACGAACAGACCUGGAUUCAAAUACUAUUCAAAAUGUUUCAAAUGCUUUGAGCUUUUUCUGUAGCCUGCCUAGAGUGCCAGACAUGUGCCGUUUAAAACAGGCAAGCUCAAUCAAGCACAGAUCAAGUAUUUGAAAUGAUUUUGAAAAGUACUUGAACGCAGGUCUGUUAACAAACCAUCCCCAUUCCCCAAUUAGAACCACCAUCCCGUUGUUGUCAAGUCUGUCCCAAAUGGCACCAUAUUCCCUAUAUAGUGCACUACUUUUGCCCAGGGUCUAUAGGGUAGUAUGUAGUAAGUAGUGCACUAUGUGGGGAAUAGGGUGCCAUUUCAGACGGUGCCUAUCUAUUAGUAUCGAUAUAUGCCCCCCCCAUCAUGUAGCUGCUCACCCAUCUGCACUGCUGGUCGAAGGACUAGCGCUGCGUUGGAGUGACGUACGGCUCCUGUCAGAAGACAAUUCCUAUGUCCCUUCAAUCUAAAACAGAGGUGUACAUAUACAGAGUCUGGCAAACUCUGUUUGAGAUUGUAUCGUUUUAAUGGUCGGCCAUUUUGACACCAGAUGUUCCAUGCGUUAAAAUUAGAAAGCAGAUUGGAAGGUUAAUGUCAUGGAAUGUUUAGAACCAACAUGGAGGCUAGUUUGCCAAACUCUCUAUAUUGUAUAGCUCUGAUGUAAACUAGCUUCCUUGUUCCUGGUAUCUGCUUUCUCUCAUGACCAUUGAUCUGAUUGGACUGGACAGAUGACAACUCCUAUUGGUUAAAAUGGAGGAGAGGAGAAAAGGAAGCCAGUGAAGAUUAUUGGGACACGGUCCACGUCUAUACAUUCACACACAUUGUAGUGAUAUCUUGCCUGCGUCAAUGACAUCCUGUGUACCAUGCCAUUGUAGACACUGUGGGUACGCUCACCAUGUUGUUUACAUGUUGUGUCUGUCUGUUGCCACACGUUGUGUGUGUGUGUGUGUGUGUGUCGUGUUGUGUCUGCAUCUCAUCAUCUCUGUUGGUUUUUUUAGCCACAGAAUGCUGUCAUCUUCUUGAAUUCAACCAAGUGACCCAACAAAUGGACAGUGUGACCUUUGAAUGACCUUUCGACAUUCGGUAUUUAUUGAGUACCAAAAUAGAGUAGAUGUGAGUGCUACCUGAAUGUCUUCCACACGUUAUAGUUUAGCAGAUGUUUUCUCAACUGUGUGGCUACUGGAAGCUCGUCUUCAUUUGUGUUCAUGUUUGUCUGUAUGUAUUUAUGUAUCUGUACAAUGUAUGGAGAAACUGAUACUGUACACCAGGGGUACUCCACUCUUACCACUACGAGGUCCGGAGUCUGCUGGUUUUCUGUUCUACCUGAUCAUUAAUUGCACACACCUGGUGUCCCAGGUCUAAAUCAGUCCCUGAUUAGAGGGAACUGGCUUACAGGUCCAGAGUUGAGUUUGAGGGCCAGUAGACAUGAAGUUUCCAUGUAUAGAAUGUAUCUCUUCACAGAUACGGUAUAUUGUGACUACGCUGUUUGGUUUUCCUCCUGGUUGAGGCAUGUUAGAUAUACUGUAGAUUCCAUCAAUCCCAUUUUUCUUGCCCGACUCACCAUUGAACUUUUACCCCUGAUCUUUGACCUCUGGCCUGUGACCUCUCCCUGCAGCCUCUGAGUUUGACCUGAGUGAUGCUCUGGAUCCCAACAACGACAUUGGAGGGAAGGACAAGAACAAGGGACAAGCAGGUUAUUGUUUAUUUUGUUAUUAUUUAUGUACAGUGGCUUGCGAAAGUAUUCACCCCCCUUGGCAUUUUUCCUAUUUUGUUGCCUUACAACCUGGAAUUAAAAUUGAUUUUUUGGGGGGGGUUUGUAUAAUUUGAUUUACACAACAUGCCUACCACUUUGAAGAUGAAAAAUAUGUUUUAUUGUGAAACAAACAAGAAAUAAGACGAGAACUUGAGCGUGCAUAACUAUUCACCCCCCCCCCAAAGUCAAUACUUUCUAUAGCCACCUUUUGCAGCAAUUACAGCUACAAGUCUCUUGGGGAAUGUCUCUAUAAGCUUGGCACAUCUAGCCACUGAGAUUUUUGCCCAUUCUUCAAGGUUAAACUGCUCCAGCUCCUUCAAGUUGGAUGGGUUCCGCUGGUGUACAGCAAUCUUUAAGUCAUAUCACAGAUUCUCAAUUGGAUUGAGGUCUGGGCUUUGACUUGGCCAUUCCAAGACAUUUAAAUGUUUACCCCUUAAACCACACAAGUGUUGCUUUAGCAGUAUGCUUAGGGUCAUUGUCCUGCUGGAAGGUGAACCUCCGUCCCAGUCUCAAAUCUCUUGAAGACUGAAACAGGUUUCCCAUAAGAAUUUCCCUGUAUUUAGCGCCAUCCAUCAUUCCUUCAAUUCUGACCAGUUUCCCAGUCCCUGCCGAUGGAAAAACAUCCCCACAGCAUGCUGCCACCACCAUGCUUCACUGUGGGGAUGGUGUUCUCGGGGUGAUGAGAGGUGUUGGGUUUGCGCCAGACAUAGCGUUUUCCUUGAUGGCCAAAAAGCUCAAUUUUAAUCUGACCAGAGUAUCUUCUUCCAUAUGUUUGGGGAGUCUCCCACAUGCCUUUUUGCUUAUUUUUUUUAUGGCCACUCUUCCGUAAAGCCCAGGUCUGUGGAGUGUACGGCUUAAAGUGGUCCUAUGGACAGAUACUCCAAUCUCCGCUGUGGAGCUUUGCAGCUCCUUCAGGGUUAUCUUUAGUCUCUUUGUUGCCUCUCUGAUUAAUGCCCUCCUUGCCUGGUCCGUGAGUUUUGGUGGGCGGCCCUCUCUUGGCAGGUUUGUUGUGGUGCCAUAUUCUUCCCAUUUUUUAAUAAUGGAUUUAAUGGUGCUCCGUGGGAUGUUCAAAGUUUCUGAUAUUUUUGUAUAACCCAACCCUGAUCUGUACUUCUCCACAACUUUGUCCCUGACCUGUUUGAAGAGCUCCUUGGUCUUCAUGGUGCCGCUUGCUUGGUGGUGCCCCUUGCUUAGUGGUGUUGCAGACUCUGGGGCCUUUCAGAACAGGUGUAUAUAUACUGAGAUCAUGUGACACUUAGAUUGCACACAGGGACUUUAUUUAACUAAUUGUGUGACUUCUGAAGGUAGUAAUUGGUUGCACCAGAUCUUAUUUAGGGGCUUCAUAGCAAAGGGGGUGAAUACAUACACACGCACCACUUUUCCGUUAUUUUGUAGAAUUCUUUGAAAGAAGUAAUUUUUUUCAUUUCACUUCACCAAUUUGGACUAUUUUGUGUAUGUCCAUUACAUGAAAUCCAAAUAAAAAUCCAUGUAAAUUACAGGUUGUAAUGCAACAAAAUAGGAAAAAUGCCAAGGGGGAUGAAUACUUUUGAAAGGCACUGUAUGAAUUACUUUUGUUCUUAUUUUGUUUGUGUAGAGUACUAUAUGAUGGCAUAGUAUGGCAUUCAAUAGUGUAGUGGUGUAGCCGGUUAGAAUGUUGUUGUUGUUGUUGUUGUUGUUGAUUAGCGUAGUAAGUCACCACGUAGUAGUAGUAGUUGAGUAGUGUAGUCGGCUGUUGUUUCUUAGUAUAUUAGGGUUUGAUAGUCUGUAUACUAUAGGUCACAGUCGUCGUGUAGUAUCAAUAUUAGUAAAUGAGGGUUUCAUAGUCUGUAUACUAUAGUCACAGUAGUAGUGUAGUAUAAUAUUAGUAAAUGAGGGUUUCAUAGUCUGUAUACUAUAGUCACAGUAGUAGUGUAGUAUAAUAUUAGUAAAUGAGGGUUUCAUAGUCUGUAUACCACAGGUACAGUAAUGGUAAGGUAGAGUAGUAGUAUAGUAAUAAUAGUAUUUCAGGGUUUGAUAGUCUGUUUACUAUAGUCACAGUGGUAGUAUAGCAGAGUGGUAGUAUAGUAUUAGUAUAUUAGGGUUUGAUAGUCUGUAUACUGCAGUAGUAGUAGUAUAGUAGAGUUGUAGUACAGUAAGGGGGGAAAAAAGUAUUUGAUCCCCUGCUGAUUUUGUACGUUUGCCCACUGACAAAGACAUGAUCAGUCUAUCAUUUUAAUGGUAGGUUUAUUUGAACAGUGAGAGACAGAAUAACAACAACAAAAAAACAGAAAAACGCAUGUCAAAAAUGUUAUAAAUUGAUUUGCAUUUUAAUGAGGGAAAUAAGUAUUUGACCCCCUCUGCAAAACAUGACUUAGUACUUGGUGGCAAAACCCUUGUUGGCAAUCACAGAGGUCAGACGUUUCUUGUAGUUGGCCACCAGGUUUGCACACAUCUCAGGAGGGAUUUUGUUCCACUCCUCUUUGCAGAUCUUCUCCAAGUCAUUAAGGUUUCGAGGCUGACGUUUGGCAACUCGAAACCUUCAGCUCCCUCCACAGAUUUUCUAUGGGAUUAAGGUCUGGAGACUGGCUAGGCCACUCCAGGACCUUAAUGUGCUUCUUCUUGAGCCACUCCUUUGUUGCCUUGGCCAUGUGUUUUGGGUCAUUGUCAUGCUGGAAUACCCAUCCACUACCCAUUUUCAAUGCCCUGGCUGAGGGAAGGAGGUUCUCACCCAAGAUUUGAUGGUACAUGGCCCCGUCCAUCGUCCCUUUGAUGCGGUGAAGUUGUCCUGUCCCCUUAGCAGAAAAACACCCCCAAAGCAUAAUGUUUCCACCUCCAUGUUUGACGGUGGGGAUGGUGUUCUUGGGGUCAUAGGCAGCAUUCCUCCUCCUCCAAACACGGCGAGUUGAGUUGAUGCCAAAGAGCUCCAUUUUGGUCUCAUCUGACCACAACACUUUCACCCAGUUCUCCUCUGAAUCAUUCAGAUGUUCAUUGGCAAACUUCAGACGGCCUGUAUAUGUGCUUUUUUGAGCAGGGGGACCUUGCGGGCGCUGCAGGAUUUCAGUCCUUCACGGCGUAGUGUGUUACCAAUUGUUUUCUUGGUGACUAUGGUCUCAGCUGCCUUGAGAUCAUUGACAAGAUCCUCCCGUGUAGUUCUGGGCUGAUUCCUCACCGUUCUCAUGAUCAUUGCAACUCCACGAGGUGAGAUCUUGCAUGGAGCCCCAGGCCAAGGGAGAUUGACAGUUAUUUUGUGUUUCUUCCAUUUGCGAAUAAUGGCACCAACUGUUGUCACCUUCUCACCAAGCUGCUUGGCGAUGGUCUUGUAGCCCAUUCCAGCCUUGUGUAGGUCUACAAUCUUGUCCCUGACAUCCUUGGAGAGCUCUUUGGUCUUGGCCAUGGUGGAGAGUUUGGAAUCUGAUUGAUUGCUUCUGUGGACAGGUGUCUUUUAUACAGGUAACAAGAUGAGAUUAGGAGCACUCCCUUUAAGAGUGUGCUCCUAAUCUCAGCUCGUUACCUGUAUAAAAGACACCUGGGAGCCAGAAAUCUUUCUGAUUGAGAGGGGGUCAAAUACUUAUUUCCCUCAUUAAAAUGCAAAUCAAUUUAUAACAUUUUUGACAUGCGUUUUUCUGAAUUUUUUUGUUGUUAUUCUGUCUCUCACUGUUCAAAUAAACUACCAUUAAAAUUAUAGACUGAUCAUUUCUUUGUCAGUGGGCAAACGUACAAAAUCAGCAGGGGAUCAAAUACAUUUUUCCCUCACUGUAUAUUAUUCUCAUAGUAACACUAUAUUAGCCCAGUAUAGGAUCAGAGGGUUGAUGUGGUGUCAUGUCUCGUCAGAUAAAGGUAUUGGAGGCGGGGGCAGGGGAGACCCCAACAACAGAGGAGGGAACGGGGGUAAGAACCCUGCCUGACCUACCCGACCCAACCCUAACCUACCUGGUCUACCUGGAUAAACUAAACCCUGCCUUUCUACUGGGCUUUAAUAUCGAUCCGCUAGUCCUCUUGAGUGUCACUUACUGCGUUGUCUCUACUUUUUGGCUGACGGUCCGCGUAUGAGGCAAUAAAGUCUAUGACUUGAGCCACAUCUCUCUUCUCUCUGCUCUCUGCUCCUCUCUCUCUGCUCUCUUCUCUCUCUCUACUCUCAUCACUCUCUCCCUCUCUCUCUCACUCACUCACUCACUCACUCUCUCACUCACUCUCUCUCACUCACUCACUCACUCUCUCUCUCUCUCACCUUCACCUACUGGGGAGCUAUGGCUUGAACAAUAUUAUUUGUCUUUUUACCUAAACAUACAAACGAAUUCAUAGAAAGCAGUACGCUGGGUUAGUCUGAUCAAAUAUAACAGUACAUAUGACAUUCACUCUCACAGGAUGGGUUGCCAAAAAGACCUAACUGAAAAGCCACACCCCCAAUAAGCCACUGUUUCUAUGGCUAUAUGCACCAUGCCACUGCCUAUUUCAUUUGUUCAUUUAUCACACAAGACAGUUCAUAAUCCAGUGCCUUUAUCACAGUCAACACACCUAUAUUCUAGCUUUAACUAUCUUUCAAAAAUGUAUAGAAUUGCAGGAAAUUUGCUUUAAAACAGCAACCUUUUCUCUCAGCCUCAUGGUGUCCUGUGGGUGUACUGUGCACAAAGCAUAACUGAUGGUCUAUAUCCUCACUAACUUUCUCUAGAGGCCACUCUCGUUUCCUGCCAAAGAGGUCAUAAUAUCUGGCAACUAACUGUGUCGCUCCCUCUGGAUCUUGUCAAAGGCUAACCUUCUUUCUCCUCCCUGAAUGACAUCUGGCAACCCUGAUCCUUUUCUUUCUCCUUAUUCUAUCUUUACACUGGAGGACCAGCGCUUGUCCUCUCUAUACUGUGCCUGACCCCCUCGUCUGCUGAACUUUCUCCACUUUCUGGAGACCUUCCUUUGGGGACGUUGGCUGUGUUUGAGCGGGGGCCAUCCCUGGCUUGGAGCCUGGUGUGUCAGGUUAGGGUUGCCAGUUAAUGUUGAUUCUAUAUCCCUAUUCUUAGGUGGAUCUUUCUCAGACGAUGAUCUGUUUGACGUUGGGAAAGACGACACCUACAACCCUGACAAAGGCAAAGGUAAUGCAUGAUCUUAGAUAGGGGAAAUUAUUAGAUAAACAAACAAAAAAAGAGCUUGAAUACACUCUUCUUUGUUCAGACCUUUACCAUUGCUUGUUUAUUUUAAUGAUUCAUUAUUGAAGAUACUCUGUUUAAAUCCUACUUAAAAGGUAAAUGUCUUGUUUUAAUAGGACAAAUAAAUAAACAGUAUUUACAUCUGGGUAGCUAGUUAAUAUUCUCUAUCAGGACACAGAGACCCUUAUUAAAUGCUUUUACAUUGAUUGCACCUCACAUCUUUCUAUUUGUUCCUGUAGGUGGACGUGGUGGAGGCCAGUCUGCUGCUGAUGACAACAACUAUGGUAUGACAACAACAACAAUAUUUUUAUGAAACAUUAUGCAUGGCAAAGAUGUGUCUAAUAUUGAUUAUUGGCUAUUGAUUACACCCCUGUGUUACUCUGUGCUCCAGACACCGUGGCUGAGACCGGAACCAUCGCCGGGAUCAUCAGUGCCAUUGGCGUGGCGCUGGUUGGCAUGGUUACCAGUUACGUCUCCUACCAGAAGAAGAAGUUCUGCUUCAGCAUACAGCGUAAGAGACUAGCUGGGGUUAUCGUAAUCUGUGAUUUAGAUAUUGUGGUAUAAUGUGGAUAUGAUUCUAUAUAAUAAUCUAUAAUCAGAUAAUAGUAUCUAGAUAAAUUCUCAGAUUUACCAGACUGUUGUGUCCUGUUACAGAGAGCCUGAAUGCAGACCUGGUGAAGACUGAUAACCCAGAGGCUGUGGUGGCCACAGAACCACAAGGUAACACCAUAAUCACCCAUAGAGGUCCUAUCUACAGUGCAUUCGGGAAAGUAUUCAGACCCCUUGACUUUUUCCACAUUUUGUUACGUUACAGCCUUAUUCUAAAAUGGAUUAAAUUGUUUUGUCCCCUCAAUCUACACACAAUACCCCAUAAUGACAAAUAAAAAACAGAUUUUUAGACAUUUUUGCAAAUUUAUAUAUAAAAAAUAAAUAAAUAAAACAUUUACAUAAGUAUUCAGACCCUUUACUCAGUACUUUGUUGAAGUAACUUUGGCAGCUAUUACAGCCUCAAGUCUUCUUGGGUAUGACGCUACAAGCUUGGCACACCUGUAUUUGGGGAGUUUCUCCCAUUCUUCUCUGCAGAUCCUCUCAAGCUCUGUCAUGUUGGAUGGGGAGCGUCACUGCACAGCUAUUUUCAGGUCUCUCCAGAGGUGUUUGAUCGGGUUCAAGUCCGGGCUCUGGCUGGGCGUUGUCUUGGCUGUGUGCUUAGGGUCGUUGUCCUGUUGGAAGGUGAACCUUCGCCCCAGUCUGAGGUCCUGAGCGCUCUGGAGCAGGUUUUUAUCAAGGAUCUCUCUGUACUUUGCUCCGUUCAUCUUUCCCUCGAUCCUGACUAGUCUUCAUGUCCCUGCCGCUGAAAAACAUCCCCACAGCAUGAUGCUGCCACCACGAUGCUUCACCGUAGGGAUGGUGCCAGGUUUCCUCCAGACAUGACGUUUGGCAUUCAGGCCAAAGAGUUCAAUCUUGGUUUCAUCAGACCAGAGAAUCUAGUUUCUCAUGGUCUGAGAGUCCUUUAGGUGCCUUUUGGCAAACUCCAAGCGGGCUGUCAUGUGCCUUUUACUGAGUGGCUUCCGUCUGGCAGCUCUACCAUAAAGGCCUGAUUGGUGGAGUGCUGCAGAGAUGGUUGUCCUUCUGGAAAGUUCUCCCAUCUCCACAGAGGAACUCUAGAGCUCUGUCAGCGUGACCAUCGGUUUCUUGGUCACCUCCCUGACCAAGGCCCUUUUCCCCUGAUUGCUCAGUUUGGCGGGCGGCCAGCUCUAGGAAGGAUCUUGGUGGUUCCAAACUUCUUCCAUUUAAGAAUGAUGGAGGCCACUGUGUUCUUGGGGACCUUCAAUGCUGCAGAAAUGUUUUGGUACCCUUCCCCAGAUCUGUGCCUUGACACAAUCCUGUCUCGGAGCUAGUUUAAUUUUUUUGUUGUAUUCUUCCCCCCAAUUUCGUGGUAUCCAAUAGGUAGUUACAGUCUUGUCCCAUCGCUGCAACUCCUGUACGGACCAACCCCCCUCUCCUCAAGGAAUCCAAAGGAAAAGUAAUCUCCACGACCAACGCCCCUCUCCUCAGGGAAUCCAUAGGAAAAGUCAUAUCCACAACCAACACCUCGCUCCCCAUGGAAAAGUCAUCUUUGUGACAAUGUGCAGCCUUUUGUAAUUUACUUCAAAUUAAGUGGAUUUGAUUAGAGUAGAUGAAAUGCCCUCCCAUUGAAAAUGGUGAUAAGGCUGACUCUAGUUGGAAAAGGUUAAUCAAGGCAUUAUUAAGCUUUAGAAGUUGCAGUUUGUUUAAAGUGUGAUCAGGUUUAUUACUGUCAGUUUAAUCUCUCUCUCUCUCUCUCUCUCUCUGUCUCUCUCUCUCUCUCUCUCUCUCUCUCUCUCUCUCAGUUCAACAGACUCUUCUGGAGCCCCCCAAUGCUGAGCCCCCUAGUGAGGAGAACACUGUCUAACAUCCCCCUGCCCGGCCUCGUCCCCCAACCUACACACAUACCUGCACACACACUCACACGAAGAGGGUGUGACGACACACACUUACAUGCCCUCACCUUGGGGAAUAUCCCCCUCCACCUCAUACACCUACACACACUAACCACUUUAGGAAGGUAGUCCCACCCCCCAUCCCCGUUAUACCUUGAGUUGUAGAUAGAUGGAGAUCGGCAAACUGUCUGAAAUGUAGAGUUCCACUGGCGGCCAUGUUGACACCACCAGGUUCCAUGUCAUUCUAGAAUCUCAAUAUCAUUCUAGAGUCGGAAUGGUAUUGUGACAUCACUACGGUUUGCCGACCUCUGUAGACCUACCCCUGCCAAACUGUGUACAUAUCAUUUAAUUUAUUUUAACUGUUAUAAACGCCACUAAUAUGCCUGUUUACAAUUUGAUUAUGAAGGAGACAGUAGCCUGAUCCUAGAUCAGUUUGUAUUUGACAAUGAUAAUCAGAAUUUGCUAUACUAAAGCACAUACAGAUCUGGGACCAGGCUUCCAUCAUGUUAUUUCCUGAAAGAUAGUAUGGUAUAUAGUAUAACCCAUAUACUCUCCCCCCCCCCCCCCACCACUCCAUUCCCCCCUUGUACGUACUGUAUAUCCCCCUCGUGAUUUUUCUACCAUUUGAAAGCGUUUUGCAGUGGUUUCUUGCACAGGUUAAUGUCUAGAAGCUGCAUUUUUAUCACCUGGUUGUCAGUCUGUUUGUGCUUUUUUGCCAACUCCUUGUCACUCAUUG